CUUUCGCAGCCAUACCGUCGAUCACACCGCUGGUGACAAUGGCGGUGUCAGCAGCUCUCUCCACCGCGAGUGUCGCUUCUCAAGAAGGGCUCUUUUCAGCCUCCCAGCUCCGUAGAUGCGAUUCCGACUGUCGCAGACACCACUGUCUUCAAUAUAAUCCCGCAAGUCCGGCGACGUUAAAACGGUCGUCGAAUUUCGCCAGCGGAAGAGCUGGAAGCGACGCGUUGGUCAGGAAUGGCAGAUGCGUAUUCCCCUGUAGAAAUCCCGUCUCUUCCGCUGGAACGAUCACGAGCCUGGUGUUGGAGAGAGGACGUCUCUCGUCAAUUGCCGCGCUUCCAAGUUCGAGCUCGGCCUUCGUAAAGCGCGAGAUAGUAAAAUCCUCCCCAUGGCAGCGAGGAUACAGCCGCCGUUCCGCUUUCCACAAACCUUCCAGUUCAAAGCUCCGUUUAAACUCGCGGAAGUGCGUGGUCGCAUCAGCUUCUGCGAAUCCCGGCGAGGUCGCGAAUUCGGGCCAGAUUUCGGCAGCAAGAGCGUCCGCGCCAGCGGGGCAGAUCCCGCCUCCUCCAGAUGCCACCUCCCUGACGGCCCCCGCGUUCGUGGUGUGGGGCGCGAACACAGGCGUGGGGAAGACCCUCGUCUCCGCGGGCCUUGCUGUCGCGCUGCUUGCGCGAGCUGCGCGGGGAGGGGGCGCGGAAGGGGCCGAGGAAGGUAGAGGGAACGCAGCGGAUGGGGGAAGGGGCGUGCAGGGGGAAACUGCAGGGAAUUGUGGGGAAUUCCAUUUGGAGUAUGUGAAACCACUUCAGACAGGAUACCCUGAAGAUUCGGAUGCUCGCCUGGUGAUGCUGGCUGCUGCACACUGCGCUGGCAGCGGCAGCAGCGGCAUGUCGCUCACCUGCUCCACCCUCUGGGCUUGGAAGGACCCUGUUUCUCCCCACCUGGCUGCCCGGGAAAGCCGGGCAGCUGUGCUGAAAGUUCCAGCAGAUUUGUACAGACCCCUGCGCCUGCCUUGUAUUCUAGUGGGAGAUGGGCGACUGGGUGGCAUCUCGGUCACUGUAGCAGCGGUGGACAGCCUGGCAGGGCGGGGGUAUGACGUGGCAGCAGUGGUGGUGUGUGGGGACGAGGAGGGGCGUCUGGAUAACGCAGAUUACCUAAAGACAUAUUUGAGACUGAGAGGGAUCCCAGUCAUCUCCUUGCCUGCUCUCCCAUCCUUACCACCACCAGUGUCUGACCCGAGUUCACCCUCCUCCUCCUCCUCCUCCUCCUCCUCCUCCUCCUCCUCCUCCUCCUCCUCCUCCUCCUCCUCCUCCUCCUUCUCCUCCCCCUCUCUCACCUCCUCUCCUUCCUCAAGCCCCUCUACCGCUUUCCAAUCCUCCUCUUACUCCACUCUCAACCCGAACCUCAUCGACUGGCUCGGCAAAUCAGAACGAAGCUUCCAGGAACUUGUGCUAACUCUGGAGCAGUACCACCGGGAGAGGUUGCGAGCACUUGAACGGGCAGCUGAACGGGCACAUGCAAUUCUCUGGUGGCCGUUCACCCAGCAUGGCAUGGUGGGAGUGAAAGACGUGACAGUCAUCGAUUCUCGGGCAGGCGAAAACUUCUCCGUCUUCCGACCAAAGCAGACCGAGCUUCAAAUUGAAACACAGCCUGACACCCCCACCGGGGCUCCGCACGGCAGUCAGCGUGAAAACCUGUCGGAGGCUCGGGCCGAGCCUCGGAGGGAGUUUCGGGAAGAGGCUCGGUUGGAGGAGUGGUUUGAUGGGUGUGCGAGCUGGUGGACCCAGGGGCUGGGCCCUGUGCUGCAGGGGGAGCUAUCGAGGGAGAUAGGGGCGGCCAUGGCCCGAUACGGGCAUGUGAUGUUCCCUGAGAAUGCCCAUGCUCUGGCUUUGGAGGCUUCUGAACUGCUGCUGAAGGGCGUUGGGAAAGGGUGGGCCUCCCGAGUGUUCUUCUCAGACAAUGGCUCCACAGCCAUUGAGGUGGCUCUCAAGAUGGCCUUCCGCUCCUUCUGUGCUCGCAAUGCCGUCGGACCCGAUGGUCUUCCAGAUCUUAAGGUGAUUGCUCUGACUGGCUCGUACCAUGGUGACACGCUGGCAGCCAUGCAUGCCCAGUCGCCCUCCCCAUACACCUCCUUCCAGCAGCAGCCAUGGUACGGAGGCAAGGGCGUGUUCCUUGACCCGCCAACAGUGGAGUACUCCCAGGGUCAAUGGCUCGUUGUCCUGCCCCCUGCCCUCUCUUCCUCCUCCACCACCCCUCCCACCACCCACCUCUCCUUUCAAUCACGCGCAGCAGUCUUCGACAAGGAAAGGGACUCCUCCCCUCUCGCCCCCCUCUAUCAUGACUACAUCCAACAACAGCUUCAGCCCUUCCUCCUACCCUCAGACUCCUCCUCAGGUGUUCCUUCAGGCGGUUUUUCAGGUGCCAUGGCCGCUGCGCUCAUUAUCGAACCAGUGCUGCACGGGGCGGGCGGCAUGGUCAUGAUCGACCCGCUCUUCCAGCGCUCGCUCGUCUCCUUCUGCCGCGCCCACGCCAUCCCAGUCAUCUUUGACGAAGUGUUUGCAGGCUGCUGGCGCCUCGGCCACCAGUCAGCAGCAGAGCUGCUGGGCUGUUCCCCGGACAUUGCCUGCUACGCCAAGCUGCUGACAGGUGGCAUGAUCCCAUUGGCCGUCACGCUCGCCUCAUCCUCUGUCUUUGAUGCCUUCUAUGGCUCCUCCAAGCUUGAUGCUCUCUUGCAUGGUCACUCCUACACAGCCCAUCCUGCUGGCUGUGCAGCGGCCUGUGUUUCUCUUAAGGCGCUGUCAGACCCAGCUCGAAACCCUAACCUGCUUCCUGACGGCUCUCAGCUAAAAGAGUUGUGGGACCCCUCAUUAGUGGAACAAAUCUCCUGCGACCCCUUGAUACAGCGUGUGCUGGCGAUAGGAACAGUUUUUGUGGCAGAGCUCAGGACUGAUGGCGCAGGCUACGGGUCGUCAGCAGCGAAGGGGCACUUAUCACGGCUGCGGCAGCACGGCAUAUAUGCACGGCCACUGUACUCGUUCCCUCUGCUCUCCCUUCGCUCUCCCCACGGCUACGGGUCAUCAGCGGCCAAGGGUCUCCUGUCACAACUGAGGCAGCACGGCAUAUACGCGCGGCCGCUGGGGAACGUGGUGUAUUCAGCUUCAUUUAUUCCUUGUUCCUAUCUUACUCGUGCUCUCUGCCCUCCCUCCACUCUCCCCCCACAGCUACGGCUCAUCAGCAGCCAAGGGUCUCCUGUCACGACUGAGGCAGCACGGCAUAUACGCGCGGCCACUGGGGAACGUGGUGUAUUUCAUGUGUGGGCCCUUCACGCCCCCCUCCACCUGCACCCGCUUACUGCGUUUUUUGCUAGCACAGCUUGA